AUGACCAGACUCAGAAUCAUUAUCUGCGGCGCAGGCAUCGCAGGCACCGCCCUUGCCUUCUGGCUCUCACAACACCAUGAUGUUACAAUCAUUGAAAAGCACCCCGACUUGAGGUCAACUGGCCUACAGAUCGAUAUUCGCGGACAUGGAAUCAAAGUUCUAAAGAGGAUGGGCCUUGAAACUGCUUUCCGUGCGGUAUCAGUCAAAGAGGAAGGCUUGGAGUUUGUGAAUAGUAAUGGCAGAGUCGUGGCUUACUUUCCCGCAAAUACAUCCGGUGAGGGACUUCAGAGCUUUACAACUGACUAUGAGAUUAUGAGAGGUGAUCUUAUCAAGCUUCUGUAUGAGAAUAUCAAGGAUCGUGUACGGUUCAUUUAUGGGACAACUGUGGAGAGCUUUGAACAGCUAGAUGAUUCUGUUGAAGUUCGACUGGCAAAUGGUGAGAAGGAUUGCUAUGACCUUCUCAUCGGUGCCGACGGACAGUGGUCCCGUACUCGGAAGCAGAUACUCGGACCAGAAGCUAAAGACCCCAUUCAACUCAUCGGGGUCUAUGCUGGUUACUUCACCAUCCCUCGCCAUAUCAAGGACGGAGAGAAGUACAACGGAACUGCCUACAUCGCUCCUGGCAAACGACUUUUAUUCACUCGACGACACAGACCAGACCGAGUCCAGGUAUAUCUUGUGGGUCUGAAUGAUUCUGAACGAGUCUUGGCUGCACGUCAAGGCGGCGUAGAGCAGGAAAAGGCUGUUUUAUCAGAGCUGUUCCGUUCUGCUGGAUGGCGCUCAGAGGAGCUAAUCUCUGAGCUACAAGAUUCAGACGACUUUUAUUGUGAGCACAUGGGUGUUGUUAGGCUCGACUCCUGGAGCAAAGGAAGAGUAGCACUACUGGGAGACGCAGCAUAUGGCCCUUCAGCAACUACAGGAAUGGGAACAACCUCGAGUUUGGUCGGCGCCUACGUUUUAGCCGGCGAAAUUCAAGAUCACGUCCGUCGCGUUGGUGUCUCAAAGCAAGCACUUCCUCAAGCUUUGGUCAGUUAUGAGCAGAAAUUUCGCCCCUUUAUGGAUGCUGUUCAGGAUGGUAUCGAAAAGGACAAAACGUACUGGCACAAGAUGCCCUCGAGCGUGUUUGUCCUUGCUAUCCUUAACUUUUUCUUAGGUGUUGCAGCUUUCUUCAAGUUGGACGUUCUUGCAAAGAAUCUUAUGAAAGAGGAUACGGGUACUUGGAAACUUCCUGAUUACAAGGGGGUGGAUCUUCGACAGGAUAAGAAAUGA